UGAAACCUCACUGCUGUUUCAGGUCAAGAACCUCUUGGUAGAAGAAAUUCUCUCUGAAUGUCCUGCAGCUGAGAAGUCUCCAUUGGACCCCAGGCAAUGGAGUUCUCAAUGGAGGGCGAUCCAGAAGAAGUGGAGCAAGAAGAACUUGUGAUUCCUCAGAGAAUCCACACAGGAGAGAAGCCAUAUCAUUGCCAACUGUGUGGGACAUGUUUUGCUCGCAAGUCACACCUUAAAACACACCAGAGAGUACACACAGGAGAGAAACCAUACGCAUGCCUGGAGUGUUGGAAAUGCUUUGGUGACACGUCACAGCUAGUAAGACAUCAUAGAGUUCACACAGGAGAAAAACCAUACAAAUGCCAGCAGUGUGGAAGAUGUUUUGCUUGGAAGUCAGACCUUGUGACGCAUCAGAAAGUUCACACAGAAGAAAAACCAUACAGAUGCCUACAGUGUUGGAAAUGCUUUGCUCACAAGUCAGCUCUCGUGAGUCAUCACAGAAUCCACACAGGAGAGAAACCAUACAAAUGCCAGUGGUGUGGAAAAUGUUUUACUCAGAAGUCUCACCUUGUGAGGCAUGAGAGAGUCCACACUGGAGAGAAACCAUGCAAAUGCCAGCAGUGUGGAAAAUGUUUUGCUGACACACCACAGCUU